AUGAGCGGCAAGAAGGAUGGUGGCAGGCUGGGCAAGCAGCUGGGUGACACGCUGCAAGGCCUAAGCUCGCUCAUGCAGAUGCAGUUUAGCAACAGCGGGGGCGGGUCGUCCCUCAGCAAUGAUUUCUUCAAUCUGAUCAAGGGGAUCGGAGAAGCCAAAUCUAAACUCGAAGAAGAUUUGAUCAUUGAAAAGGAGAUUAAAUUGCUGCGUUCUGUCAUCGCUCAGCCGGACAAUGCCAAAUACAUGCGCGAGUUCGUGGUACGGCUCAUGUACUGCGAGAUGCUCGGGCACGAUGUGUCGUGGGGCUACAUCCACGCCAUCAACAUGACCCAGCAAUCGAAACUGCUGGACAAGUGGGUCGGCUACAUUGCUGUGGCCUCGUUCCUGCACCGUGACCACGAACUGCUCAUCCUCCUCAUCAGCUCUCUACGCAGGGACCUGGGCAGCACGAAUCAGUUGCACGUGUGCGCUGCCCUCACGGCGCUGUCGCACCUCAUCAGCGAGGAGACCAUUCCCGCUGUCCUUCCCCUCGUCACCGAACUGCUCCAGCACGAGAAGGCUGUGGUGCGCAAGAAGGCGGUGAUGGCGCUUCUGCGCUUUUUCCUGCUGUCGCCCACUAGCGUCGACCACCUUCACGAGAAGGUCAGGCGCGCGCUCUGUGACGCCGACCCGUCCGUCAUGAGCGCCACCCUCAACCUUCUCGAGUACCUCGUCGAGAAGGACACGCGAGUGUGGAAGGACAUCGUGCCCACCCUGGUGUCCAUCCUCAAGCAGGUCGUGCAGAAGCGGCUGCCCAAGCACUACGAGUACCACCACGUGCCUGCGCCCUGGACGCAAGUCAAGAUCCUUCGUCUCCUGGGCAUCCUCGGCGCCAACGACAAGAGGUUCUCCCGCGGCUCCCCCUCUCCCUCUGAUCCCACAAACACUUUUCUCACAUACCGCUAUGUCGACAGAGUGAGCGAGCACAUGUACGACACUCUGUCCGAUGUCAUGAAGCAGCCCACGACCAACAACGCCGCCUAUGCACUUAUCUACGAAUGCGUCAAGACGAUCACCUCCAUUCACCCCAAGCCUGCUCUGCUCGAAGCCGCCGCGUCGUCCAUUUCGCAGUUCAUCACCAGCAAGAGCAACAAUCUGAAGUACAUCGGCAUCGACGGUCUGAGCAUGAUCAUGACCAUCGACGCACGCCAUGUGCAGCAGCACCAGAACCAGGUGGUCGAUUGUCUGCGCUCGCCCGACGACACCCUGAAGCGAAAGACGCUCGACCUGCUGUACAAGAUGACCAACCCCGUGAACGUGGAGACGAUCACUCAGAAGCUCGUCGACCACCUGGCCACCACGUCGGACUUCUACCUGCGCACGGAGCUGGUGUCGCGCAUCACCCAGCUGGCCGAGCGGUUCUCGCCCAACAACGAGUGGUUCAUCGAGACCAUGAUCCGCGUCUUCCUGCUGGGCGGCGACCUCGUUCGUGCGGAAAUCGCGCACAAUCUCAUGCAGCUGAUCGCCGAGGGCGUCGAGGACGAGCACGGCGACGAGGAGCUGCGGAUCUACGCCGUCACCAAGCUCAUGGAGGUGCUCGAGAACCAGGUCGUCGUGCCCGACGUUCUCGUGCAGCUCGCCGUGUGGGUCCUCUCCGAAUACGGCUACCUGUCGCCCACGCACGCCCUCAACCAGAUCGCCGACCGUCUCGUGCUGAUCCUCGAGCAGGCCCAUCAGAGCAGCGAAACGCGCUGUUGGAUCGUGUCGGGGCUGAUGAAGCUGGUCGCCCAGAUGGCCCACUGUCCGCCGGCGAUUGAGGAGAUCGUCGGCAAGUACAAGCGCUCGCGUCACAUCGACCUCCAGCAGCGGUGCUACGAGUUCGAGGCCCUCAUCGCCACUCCCGACACCAUGCGCACUGUGCUGCCCCUUGACGCAAGCUGCGAGGACAUUCUGGUGGACAAGCGCAUGUCGUUCCUGGACGACUUUGUGCAGAUGCAGCUCACGGCUGGUGCGCGCCCCUAUCUCGCGCCCGCCCAGCGCCCCGACUUCUCUGGAGAACUCCAACUCGAGCCGAAGAAGGCGGACAAGAAGAAGCAGCUCAAGUUUGACAAAUAUGCCGACCCGAAGCUGAAGGCGCCGCGUCCGCUGCUUCCCGCCAACCCGAUUCCGGCCGCUGCCGCCGCCGCAGCGGCGCCCGAGGGCCUCCUCGCCCCGCCCGUCUCCUUGUCGCCGGUGGCCACCGGCAGCCUGUCGACCGGAGGCGCCCGCAAGUGGACCAAGGCCGGCUACCAGGGCGACCUCGCCCCCGCAGCUGCCACCGUAGUCCCCGCACCCGUCAAGUCCGGCGGCAGCGACGGCGGCGGUUAUCGCUCCCCGGCCGAAUCCCUCGUUGGGAGCGGGAGCGGCGGCUAUGACACGAGACCCGAGCGUUGGGAGGCCGAGCGGGCUUCUUCUUCGUCGAGCUCGUCGGCGGCGCAGGCCUUCAGCGACAAGAAGAUCUCCAAGGAGGACCAGGGCCUGUUCGCAGGCCUCAGCGCCGGCGGAGGCGACCCCUCGCAGGGCCGCGGCCCUCAGAGGCGUAAGAUGGUGUCGGGUGCCAAGCCAGCCACCGAUCACACCACUUCUCAGUCGUCGCUGUUGGAGGAGUUGAACGAGUCGCCGGUCAGGUCUCCCGUCUCGCUCUCACCUGUGGUCACCGGGUCUGGCAGCGGCAGCGGCGGCGGGCUGUUGCCACACUUUGACGACCACCCCGCUGUUCUCUCGGCCUCUGCGAGCGGCGGCGGCGGCGGAGGUCAGCAGCUGCUCAUCGACGUCGACUUCCCUUCGUCGUCGGCUGCCGCCGUCGCGGCCACCACUACGACCGCCGGCACGCCUCUCCUGCCGCCCACUAAGUCUGUCUCGAUCGAUGACCUGCUGGGCGGGCUCAACCUGUCGGCGCCAGCUUCGAGCGGGUCCGGCCAGCUCCGCACUAGGAGCGACGAGGUGCUGCAGGCCACUCCAGCGCCCACGCUGGUGAUGUCGCACAAGCACAACGGAAACCUGGACUUCAGCAACUUCAACUUUCCGCCUCACCUCGUCCGAGACCUGGGUGCGGCCCCAUUGAAGCGGAGCCCGAACGUGAACAGGGUUCUGAGCGAGGACGGCACGCUCCACGUGUCCCACUACUUUGUCCACAAGGAGAACGACCUCGCGCUGGUCCUGUUCGUCAGCAACCUGCACGUCCAGGCCCAGAACAACAUCACUGCCGUCGUCGAAGUGCCGGACAACCUUAAACCGCGCUUCGCGAGCGUGGAGGGCGUGGACGUGGCGACGGACGGGCUCCGCGGCACGUUCCGCGUGGGCCGGCUGUCGGGCCAGUCCGCUGUCGCGCUGUGCGCCUUCCUCACCCUCGCCAAGCUGGGCGUCGGCGUCAAUUUCAAGGUCAACGUCGCCUACACGAAUGACAUGAACCAGCCCAAGCGUUUGCAGUUCACGCUGCCGCUGCAGGUCACCGAAUUGCUGAGACCGUUCCCGAUGACGACCGACGAGUACGGCAAGAAGUGGGGCACCUUCGCCCAGCCCAACAAGAUCCGGAAGACCGUGCAGGCCAUGGUGUCCAUCCAGCAGCUCGUCCACUUCAUGCAAUCUCAGCUCAACCUCCACCACAUCCAGACCAUCCGUACGGAGGCGAUUGCGUGUGCUCGCUUGGUCGGCGGCAAUGAUCUGGUGCUCGUGCACGGCAAAGUCGCUUCGCCCACCAACGUCGAACUUAGCGUGCGCACGACCGACAAACUCUUCACCGAGGCUGUGUCUCGUCACAUCGAUCGUGUCCUCAACUGA